AUGGCGCCUGUCACCUCAGAUGGCCCUGGUGCACGGGUAUUCGGGAUACCGCGGCGGACACUGGGAAUAAUCCUGCUGUUGGUAGUCGUUGUCCUGUGGACAACGUCGAAUUUCCUCGGAAGCACGAUUUUCGCCGAUAGAACAUAUCCGAAACCAUUCUUCGUGACUUAUACAAAUACCUCUAUGUUCAUGCUGCCCCUCUUUAUAAUCCUCAUCCGACGGACAUGGGGUCUCUGGCGGCAAGGCAGACUUUCGCAGAUUACCUCGUUCAAGAGCUUGCUGCGACACUUGGACUCGCAUGACCCCAAGGCUGAGGAGGAGAGUAUACUGCGUGGCGACUCGGACGAGGAAGGUGCGCAGCUGAGACGUCCUAGUCACGAUGCUUCGAAUGCCAAGUUAGGAUUAAAGGCUACGGCUAAAUUGAGCGUUCAAUUUUGUAUGCUUUGGUUUGUUGCGAACUACUUUGCUAUGGCGUGUCUUCAGUUCACGACCGUAGGCAGCACAACUAUCUUGACUUCUACAAGUGGUGUUUGGACUCUGAUUUUCGGUGCUGUGAUUGGUGUUGAGAAAUUCACUGCUCGCAAAUUCUUGGGUGUCAUUGCUUCAUUGAUCGGCAUUAUCCUGAUUUCGCGCGUAGACCUCACCAAGGACGACGCAGGCGCAGCCACAGACGGCAGUGAGGGUUCAUUCCCACACAAAUCAUCUGGAGAAAUUGCCCUGGGUGACGCCAUGGCUGCUUUCAGUGCCAUCAUGUAUGGCCUUUACACCAUCGUGAUGAAGAAGCAAGUUGGUGACGAGUCCAAGGUAGACAUGUCACUAUUCUUCGGACUAGUAGGAUUCUUCAACGUUGUCCUUCUUUGGCCUGGUUUCUUCAUUUUCCACUGGACUGGAAUGGAGCCUUUUGCCUUCCCAGAGACGAGCCGAGUCUGGACGAUUAUUCUGUCCAAUUCCCUUGCGUCUUUCAUCUCGGACAUUUUCUGGGCAUAUGCCAUGCUUCUGACCACACCGCUCAUCGUGACUGUCGGUCUCAGUCUGACCAUCCCGCUUUCUUUGGUUGGACAGAUCGUCCUACAGGGACAAUAUGCCGGUGCGCUAUACUGGGUCGGAGCGGCUAUAGUUUUCCUGUCAUUUUUGGUUGUCAAUCAUGAGAGCAAGACGCAGGAUGAUCUUGCUAAUUCCACUGGAGCAGGCGGGCCCUCUUCCGGUGAAUACAACAGCAUCCCUGUCGAGGAAGAGGAGAUGCGUUAA